AUGCGUAUUGUAUCCCGCGAGGAGGCGUCUCUCCUCAUCCCAGGUCGUGGCGAGCCGAUCACCGACGGUGCUCUCGUGAUCCAUGGCUCGAAAAUUGCAUGGGUUGGCCUGCAGUCCUCUAUCCCACCAAAAUAUACGACAGUGCAAUUUCGCCAUGUACCUGUGUUGAUGCCAGGAAUGUGGGACUGCCACAUGCACUAUUCUGGCGACAGUCCCGAUGAAGGCGGGGGUUCUUAUGAAGCUAUAUUUGCUUCGCCUGCUCUUGCCGGAGCGCGUGUCUCCAAGGAGCUGGAGAGGACUCUCCUUGCGGGAUUCACGACCGUCCGCGAGACUGGCGGAUAUGCUGGGGAGAUAUCUCCUGCCGUUGAAGAGGGGACCCUCGUCGGUCCUAAUGUGUAUUCCAGUGUCGGCGUGAUAAGCAUGACAGGUGGGCAUGCCGAUGUUCAUAAUGUGCCGAUUGAUACCGUCCUCGAUAAUGGACGACACGGCGGUCCAUUUCAAGUCUGUGAUGGGAUGACUGAUUGUCUUAAGACGGUGCGACUGAUGGUUCGCCGAGGCGCAAAAUUGAUUAAAGUGUGUGCUACCGGCGGUGUUGGCAGUCUUUUGGACGACCCUGAAGACGCGCAGUUUUCGCCCGAGGAACUCAAGGCGAUUGUUGAUGAGGCAGCGCGCACGAAGAGAAUUGUUGCGGCUCAUUGCCAUGGAAAAGAAGGAAUUCUCAACGCACUCAAUGCUGGUGUGCGAACCAUUGAACACGGAAGUUAUUUGGACGAAGAAGCAAUUGCGCUCAUGAAAGAAAAAGGCGCCAUACUUAUUGCAACAAGAUUGAUUGUUGUUGAAGGGAUAAAAAAUCCUAAAGGGUGGGCGCCAAUCAACUACCAAAAGCUUUUGAAGAUUGACGAGCAUAACAAGAAAUCUUAUGCACUCGCUGUCAAACAUGGGGUCAAGAUUGCACUCGGGACGGACUGGAUUGCCGGCGAACAUGGAAAGGAAUUAGCUUUUGCUGUCGAGGCUGGUCUGACACCUUUGGCAGCGAUUGAAGCUUGCACAGCUACCGGCCCGGAAACAUUAGGAAGUCAUUUUGCACCGUUAUCCGGACAGUUGAAAGAAGGGUAUGAUGCGGAUCUCAUCGCUGUGACAAGUAAUCCGUUGGAUGAUAUCAGUAUUCUGGGGGACCCCCAGAACGUGACACAUGUUUGGAAGGGAGGUAAGCUGUUUAAAGAAUAUUGCAGUUGA